AUGAACACCGAUGAAAAGAACAAAAAGGUUCUCUCUCGCUUAAGGAGAUCAUCCAUAGAGAGCACUAUUCCUCAAUUUACAAAGCUCACUAUUGAGGACGAUGAGAAGGAUGAUGUAGAGGAAGACAUCUCUGAAGACGAUGAACAAGGUAAUGCAUAUGAGUUCUGGUUCUUUGAAGGUGAUGAAGACUCAGACAGCGAGAUUGAGAGGGAUGAUGAAGGUUUUCCCAUUCCUCAUGAAGAUUUUCCAUGCCUUCACCCACUUACAGACCCAUUUGUUAUCAGCAAACUUGAGAGAGACAAACAUUUGAAAAGUAAGGAAGAUAUCCUCAACUCCCUAGCAGACCAGCCACAAACCACCACUGAUACAGAUGGUUUGUCCCUAAAGCAACUAAAAAAAAUAAUGCAGAGAGUAGCUACACAGCCAAAACCAGAGGAACAUAUUUAUGUGAAAGAACUGGAGUGCGUGAUGAUGAAUGACAUACGCACAAGCAAGUGUUACGAACAUCGUGCCGAUAAGCCGAACAUGCGAUUCAAGAGGUUUAAUACUAUUUUGAAUCUGAUUUAUAAUCUUUGCAAGAGAAACAUGCACGUGAACAAGCGAUGGCUUCAGUAUGCAUAUACUAAUUUGUUCAAAACUGAUGCGGUUGUUGAUGAGAUAUUGGACUCUGCAUGUGUACUUAUUGGUUGUACUCGGAGUAACUUGAGUAUAUUGAGCUCUGACAAAGGCAAGGUAAUUGGGAAUGUUAGUUUCCCGUACCCUGAUGGAGGAAUUAUUUGUGCGAAGCAAAGAGUUCAGCAAAUCUUGUGUGAAGAUGUUGAGUACGUUGAGUUUGUGCUUACGAAUGUGAAGAAACCCAGAUUUAUUUUAGUUGUUGAGAAGGACACAGUUUUUCAGAGAUUGGCUGAAUCAAAGCUUCAGGAUCAUUUCCAGUGCAUCAUCAUGACCGGCUGCGGACAACCAAGUAUUGCGGCUCGAAUAUUCUUGAAGAAGAUGGCCAACGCUUUGGAUAUUCUUGUGCUGGUCCUUACGGAUAGCAAUCCUCAUGGACUUGAAAUUUUUUUCACAUACUUGUACGGAUCCAUAAGCAUGGCCUACAAUUCUAGACAUCUAAGAACGAGAGGCAUAAAGUGGUUGGGCGUGUCACCUCAAGAUUUGAUUGAUUUGAGGAGUGAUGAGAUUCAGUUGUAUGGUGAAAACGGUGGAAUUCGGUUUGAAAGGUUGGGCAAAGAGGAUUUGAAGAAGAAAGAAGAACUUUUGGAAAGAGACUUUGUGAAGGAAAAUUUGGCAUGGAGAAAGAUGCUGGAACAAAUGACCUAUCGUGCAGAAAUUGAGAUACUUUCCUCGUAUGAGUUUGAAUAUUUGUCAAAGUUUAUCUUCAAAAAAAUUGCAGGAUAA